CAAGGCCGGUCCAGAUUCUUCCAGCCUUUGUGCAGCAUUCCUUUCUCCAUGGUGUGGGGCAAGGACCCACUCUGGAAUGAGGAUCCUACAACCCACAUCAGAUUAGAGUCCUGCCUUGGGCAGGUGAAAAGAGGACACGAGAAGGUCAGAAGAGGAGAGGCUAUUUUCUGAGUCCUGAGGCGCCCCAAGAUUACAGUGAAAGAUUGUGACUGUGGUCAUGUGAGUUAUGAGCUAGGAACUGUGGACAAAACCAACAUAUAUACAAUCAACUCCAACCUCCCAAUGCCUUUCCUUUCUUUUUUUUUUGAGAUGGAGUUUUGCUCUUGUUACCCAGGCUGGAGUACAAUGGCACGAUCUUGGCUCACUGCAACCUCCGCCUCCUGGGUUCAGGCAAUUCUCCUGCCUCAGCCUCCUGAGUAGCUGGGAUUACAGGCGUGCGCCACUGUGCCCAGCUAAUUUUUUGUAUUUUUAGUAGAGACGGGGUUUCACCAUGUUGACCAGGAUGGUCUCGAUCUCUUGACUUUGUGAUUCACCCGCCUCGGCCUCCCAAAGUGCUGGGAUUACAGCGUGAGCCACUGCGCCCGACCCCCGCCUUUCCUUUCACAGCCUCUGCAGCAAACUCCGGUCACUGUCAUUGCUCUUGUGGCCCAGAGGCAUGCCCAGGGGAAUCUGCCCAGGGCGCCAGUCCGUGCCCACAUGGGAACCCACACCUGCUUGUAAAGCCUUCCCUCCCUCUGAGCAGCAACCAGGACAGUUUGGUGUUCCAAGCAGUGGGCUCUUGUCUGUUUUGACUCAGAACAGGGUGGGGAGAGCAGGCCAGGGACCCGCAGGAGGGCUUAUCCUUGAGAUUGUGUGGGAGACACAACAAGAGGUGGGGGCCCGUGAGCGGGGUGGGGCGGAGCAGACCCAUGAGACCACCCCCUCCUUUCCAGCACAGAGCCCCAGCCUCUCCCCACAGUCUCACCAUGGUCCACACCGUGGUGCUCAUCACCAGCUGUUCCUCCGGCAUCAGCCUGCACUUGGUGAGAUCGCACCAGUGCACUCCAGCCUGGCAUUGGACCCAUCACAUAACUUCAUAGGUAUAGAUAGGUAGGGACAGGGAUGGAGGUAAGGGAGGAGCCGGCUGGGUGUGGUGGUUCACGCCUAUAAGCCCAGUACAUUGGGAGGCCAAAGUGGGCAGAUCAUGAGGUCAAGAGCUGGAGAAUAUUGUAGCCAACAUGGUGAAAUGCAUUUCUACUAAAAAUACUAAAAUUAGCUGGGCAUGGUGGUGCACACUUGUAGUCCCAACUACUUGGGAGGCAGAGGCAGGAGAAUCGCUUGAACCUGGGAGGGUGGAGGUUGCAGUAAGCCGAGAUCGCGCCACUGCGCUCCAGCCUGGGCAAAAAGGGUGAAACUCGGUCUCAAAAAAACAAAAGAAAACAAAAAAGGGAGGAGCCCUUGGAGGCCAGAAGAGAAGUCAGAUCUUCCUCCUCUGCCCUAAUCUCCGGUGUAUGCCACCAUGAGGGACCUAAAAACACAGGGCCAGCUGUGGGAGGCAGCCAGCGCCCAGGGGUGCCCUCAGAACUCCCUGGAGACGUUGCAGCUGGACGUAAGGGACUCAAAAUCUGUGGCCGAUGCCCAGGCAUGCGUGACCGAGGGCCGCGUGGACAUACUAGGUGAGCCUCCAGAAACACUUGGGCUCCUAGGAGCCUUCUUUACCCUGUGUUCAAACCACCAAGUCCCGAGGCCCAGGGAGCACGAGGGCACAGGCGGGGCUGAGGGUGAUGCUGAGGCUGCUCCAGCCUCAGUCCCCACAGUGUGUAACGCGGGCCAGGACCUGCUGGGGCCGCUGGAGGCGCUGGGGAAGGACGCCAUGGGCUCUGUGCUGGAUGUGAACGUGGCAGGGAAGGUGCAGAUGCUGCAGGCUUUCCUGCCAGAGAUGAAGCGGUGCGGUUCGGGGCGCGUGUUGGUGACCGGGAGCAUGGGAGGACUGAUGGGUGAGUGGCAGGGACAGGGCCGCAGCUCCAGAUUCUUCGAGUGUGGAGCUGAGCCUUAAAGGCAGGCUCCACGGGGAGGGGCAGUCAGCUUGGAG